CCGGGCUAGCCCCCUCUCUGCGUUUCUGCCCCGCUUUCCCCGGGCUUCCGAUGGCAAGCGAGGGCAGAGCGAGGGCAGCAGCUGGGCGGCUGUUACUGAGCAGCACCGACCACUUCGGCGUCCCCUGCAGGAGCAGGGAGGAGGCUCCGACACUGCACGUGCAAUUGUGCCCCGCGACCAGCCCUGGGUUCCAGUCUCCAGCCAUUCCCACCCCUCCCUUCCUGUCACCGAGAGCAGACUUCUUCCAAAGCCCCGGGCUGGUCCUGCCCUAUGGACAGAGGCAGAGAUGGGUCGCAGCCGACUGAAGCUGUAUACUCAGACCACGCGCCCCCGCCCCCACUGCGAUGCCUUUCCCCUAGUCAUCGCCAUCUCCCUCCCUCUUCAGACACGCUCCGUGAGGCGCUGGUGAGUCAGGCUCCACACACAGUAACCCGAGUGGGCUAUUCCAACAAAGAUCAUCCCUUAUUCCUUGAUCCCUGAACUGAUCCUAGGGCUGCAAGGCCGUAUUAGAGCCGUCUGGCGUUAUCUUCUCUCCUUCCAGCACACAAAGGAAGAGCUAUAUGCAAAAUCUUUUUCAUAUAGGAAAAACCAGAACUUCUGAAGCCAUCUCUGACAAUGUGCACUCUUUUCUGGUGUGCCAAAGCCCUGUUUCUAUUGAUGUUUUGCAGGUUAACAAAAAUGUCUGCAGCUGAAGGAAAAGGUGAAAUUCUUCCUCCAACUAUACAGAAAAUAAUGAAGGGAUACAACAAGUAUCUACGUCCAUUUUUUGAUAAUGGUCCUGUCUCAGUAGGAAUGAGUAUGGAUAUAGCAAGCAUUGAUACAAUAUCAGAAAUAAACAUGGAUUACACAGCUACCAUAUUUCUUAGACAACGAUGGACUGAUGAAAGACUUUGUUUUGAGGGCAAUAAGAGUUUAAGCUUAGAUGGUCGACUUGUAGAAAUGCUUUGGGUACCAGACACCUUUAUAGUAGACUCAAAGAAAUCUUUUCUUCAUGAUAUCACUGUUGAAAAUCGUCUAAUAAGAAUAUAUCCCAAUGGAACUGUCCUUUAUGCCAUACGGAUAACUGCAACUGUUGCAUGUAGCAUGGAUUUGACCAAAUAUCCUAUGGAUAAGCAGACAUGUACCUUGCAACUUGAAAGCUGGGGCUAUAAUAUCAAUGAUGUCCAGUUUCACUGGACCAGAGGAAAUGAUUCAGUUCGAGGCUUGGACUCACUCCGGUUGGCACAAUAUACAGUAGAAGAUCAUUUUACUUCAGUAUCUGAAGCAGUCUAUGAAACAGGACGCUAUCCAAAGUUAGUAUUCCAUUUUGAGCUCAAGAGGAACAUCUUGUAUUUCAUUCUAGAGACAUAUGUACCAUCCAUCUUGCUAGUUGUACUCUCCUGGGUAUCGUUCUGGAUAAGCCAGUCCUCAGUUCCAGCCAGAAUCUGCAUCGGUGUCACAACAGUACUUACCAUGACAACACUCAUGAUGGGAGCCAGGACUUCGCUGCCUAAUGCUAACUGCUUCAUAAAGGCAAUUGAUGUUUACCUUGGUAUUUGUUUUAGUUUCAUCUUUGGGGCUUUGGUGGAGUAUGCUGUGACUCAUUUCUGCACUCUUCAUCAUUCCAAUUUGAAAGUACUCACAAAGGAUGAGGAUGAAGAGGUUGAAGAAGAGAUUAAUGGAGUACUGUCAGCAAUUGCAAACAGUUGUAAAGUUUCUGACAAGAUUAACAAGGUUGAUUCAAAGAAAAACAUCAAUACCAGCAGUAGCAGAAAAAAGGAGAAAAGUAAACACAGUGGGUGUAGUUCUCCAAUGACAGUGAUGAAAAAACUCUUCUGUAUCUCUGACUGCUUCUAUGUUAAAAACCCAUAUCAUAUAGAUACCUAUGCCAGACUCUCUUUCCCAUUAUCAUUUAUCAUAAUAAAUGUAUUUUACUGGGUGUAUUAUUUGUAUUUCUAAGUAAGUAUUUUAAACUAUAAAACUGUCAUGUAAAUUAAAGUAAAAACAUAAUGAGUACAGCUGGGGAAGCUUCAUUGAUUUUGUCAAAAUAAUGUUUUUUUUUUACAAUGCUUUAUGGUUAGGGCUCUCUAAAAUUCAUGGCUGUGAAAAAAAUGUCACGGACCAUGAAAUCUGGCCUCCCCCUUGAAAGCAGCCCAUUGUAGGAGAGUGGCAGGGUUGGAGACUCCUCAGCUGGCUUAGGCUGGAAAGGGACUGCACUUCCUCUUUUCCUGUUAUUGAAUAGUACUUCUGUUGAGUUUCUGAUUAAAUUAUUGUUCAUCUGUUACAUAUCUCUAGUAUAAAAUCUGUUAUUGUAAAUUAUUAUAGUCCAAAACUGACCUCAGUUUUAGCAUGCCCUUCUCUCUGGCUACGUCUACAUUGACAAGAUUUUGCGCAAAUACUUUUAA